GCGUUGGGCGCCGCCCCCGCGCUGUGCGCGCGGAGCGCCGCGGGGCCCUCCGGGGUUGCGGCGCCGCCCGCGGAGGCCGCCCGCGGCGGCGGCCACGCCGCCCACGAGGUGUACCUGCUCGUCACGCGGCACGGCCUCUCCUGCAGCAACAUGGUGCAGAAGUGGGUGAGCACAUUCGACUUCGGGCGGUCUCGCAUCUUCGACCCGCUCCUCUCCGGCGCCGCGUGGUGGUAA